AUGACUUUCACGCUGCAACCAAGAUGGCUGGUCGCUCUCCUCGCCCUGUCCUCGAUGUCUCCACAUACAGCAGCCUUCCAAUCCGACCUUCAGCAACAGCCAUUUCGGAUAUCGUCUACUACUCAGCCUUUAGGUCCCACAACAUAUGGAAAGGCCCAGCGAGUCGCCGUCAUUGGUGCAGGCGCCGCCGGAUCAAGCACUGCAUACCACCUACAACAAUACGCUGCCAAUGCCACGAUUCCCCUCGACAUCACCAUCUUCGAAGCGUCAUCCCGGGUUGGAGGCCGCACAACCACCGUCAACGCUCUGGAUGAUCCUCGCUACCCUGCUGAGCUAGGUGCUUCGAUCUUCGUCUCGGUGAAUCACAUUCUGGUCGACGCGGCGGAAGAGUUCGACCUCGAAGCUCUCGAAGCGGGCGCUGCUCGGCCAAGUGAAAGUAAAUACGAGAUUGGAAUCUGGGAUGGAAAGGAGUUUGUCUACAAAUCUAUGAACGAUGAUCUUGGCUUUUUGAACCUGGUCAAGCUAUUCUGGCGAUAUGGUCUGGCUCCCCUCAAGACGCAGAGGUUGAUGAAGAGCACGGUCGCCAAGUUUCUGAAGAUGUAUGAUGAGCCGGAGUUUCCUUGGAAGAGUUUGACAGAUAUGGUUUCGCGGGUUGGAUUGUUGGAUACGACAGCCAGCACCGGGUGGCAAUUCCUCAAGAGUAACGGUGUGGGAGAGAAAUUCGGAAAUGAGAUCAUCCAGGCAAGUACACGGGUGAAUUAUGGGCAAAAUUUGGGAUUGAUUCACGGGUUAGAGACAAUGGUUUGUAUGGCUACAGACGGGGCAAUGGCGGUAGAGGGCGGCAACUGGAGAAUCUUUGAUGGAAUGGUGAAGAAGAGUCGGGCACAUCUCCGGCUCAAUACUUCUGUGGAAGAAAUCACCAGGCUUGAAGAAGGUGGGUAUCAGCUGUCCCUAUCAAAGAAGGAAAGGCACGGUGUGCGGACUCAAACAGAGGAUCGCUUCGAUUCAAUCGUCCUCGCUGCACCUUUUCAAUAUACCGGGAUCAAGGUAUCACCCGCUUUACCUCAUCAACCAGACGAAAUCCCUUACGUGACGCUAUACGUCACUCUCCUUGUCUCGCCGCAUCGUCUGAGCCCGAAAUUCUUCUCAACUCCCACAUCACCACUGGCCGACCAGGACUUCGACUCCAUCCCUGAAAUAGUCAUUACCACUCUCCCAGCCGGUCUCGAUCUUGGCUCUUCGCCGGAAGGUGUGGGACCCACGAAAUUCUGGUCUGUCAGCACCCUCCGCAGCAUCCCGGUCAACGGCUCGGCACAGUAUCUGUACAAAAUUUUCUCGCCCCAGCCCAUGAACGCAACAUUUCUAUCCCGACUCCUCGACUUUUCUGUCGAGGCCAAGGAGGACGGCAACGACAGUGUUGACAAUGUGGACAAGCGGCAUAUCUCAUGGUCGUACGAAAAGAAGUGGCACUCCUAUCCAUAUGAGUACCCGCGCGUGACGUUUGAGGACUUGAAUCUGGAUGCAAAGGGAUUGUGGUAUACGAGUGGAAUCGAAUCGUUUAUCAGCACCAUGGAAACGAGCGCGCUGAUGGGAAAGAAUGUGGCGAAGCUGAUUGUGAAUGAGCUGGUUGAGAAGAGCGGAAGUGACCUGAAUUGA